UCACGGGGAAGGGAGUCUGGGAGAGUUUGGGGUUGUAAUUGCUUCCAUGAAAUUUAGAAUCUGGGAGCUCCCAUAUAAGAGAAUGACUCGGUGCUCGGUGCUUUGAAUUGCUUCCUAAAUAAUUUGUAAUUUUUGUGCUUAUUUAGAUUCUAAUAUUAUUAUUCAUUUAUAAAAAUAAUUUGAUUUAAAACUGAGUUUAUAUAUCAAUAUUUAUAAUAAUUGUGUAUUACAUCGUGAAAUACUAGUAAUUCCGAAAAUAGCGUAUCGCCUCAGGAGUCGACCUUGUGCAGAGAUCUCUUUCCCAGAAAAAAAACAAAUUUUCCCACCUUACUCCGUCGUCGUUUCCGGUCAAUCGUACUCCACGUGGAGUGCCAUUCGUGUCUGCCGCGCGAUUGCUCCCAGGUUUGGCUAGUCCGAUCCUGAUAGAACACAUAGGCAUAACUUUUGGCUUUUGCAGGCACACGUGUGGGAGAGCUGAAUUUUUUUUAAACUUCUGGAAUAGAACCACUAACAUCAUAGCAAUGGGUGCACCAAAGCUGAAGUGGACAUCAGGAGAAGAAGCUGCACUUAAAGCUGGUGUGGCCAAGUAUGGGAUGGGAAAAUGGAGCACCAUACUCAAAGACCCAGACUUUGCUCUGAUAUUGCGUUCUCGGUCUAAUGUGGACCUCAAGGAUAAAUGGAGAAACCUUCAUGUCAUGACAAAUGGUUGGGGGUCUAGGCAGCGGGGUAAGAUUGUUGGUAAAAUCACUCAAUCCAAGAAUGAUGACGAUGAUGAUGAGCCUAUGGCUCUUACCACUGUGGUUGAGAAUGAUGUGGACAUUCUUGAUGCUAAGCCCCUUGCAACAGUUAAUGGAUCACAAACAGAAAUCUGCUCUAAGAAACCAAUCACUAGCUUGGACAAUCUGAUAAUGGAGGCUAUAGCCAAGCUGAAGGAACCUCGAGGAUCUAGUAGAAACGCAAUUUGCAUGUUCAUUGAGGAGAGCUACCAGGCUCCUCCAAACCUUGAAAGGCUGUUGGCUGCAAAUUUAAAGGUCUUAACCGAAAAAAGAAGGCUCGUAAAGGUGAAGCAUUUUUACAGGAUCGCACCUAGUGGGAUGUCAAUGGUUGAUGUAAAGAUGGAGCCUUCUCCUUUGCUUCUUGAGGGAAAGCAGAUGACACAUCUUGCACCAAGACCAGAAAGUAGUAAUGGAACAAGAAUGCUGACUAAGGCACAAAUUGACGUUGAACUGGAGAGGAUGAGAAAUAUGAAUGCACACGAGGCAGCCAUUGCAGCUGCACAAGCAGUUGCAGAGGCCGAAGCUGCCAUUGCUGAGGCUGAACGGGCGGCAAUGGAAGCAGAGGAAGCAGAGGCUGAGGCAGAAGCUGCGCGGUGUUUUGCUGAAGCUGCAACCAAGGCGUUGAACUUUCAGACCACUAUCCAUGUCUAGAUCAUUUGGCAUCUCAGUGAACAUAUGUGGAUACAGGGGCGAAUCCAAGAAUCUGGGUUGGAGUGGAAUGAAGAAUAAUUAUAUUAUGCCUAAAUUAUUAAUGGAGUGGGUUAAAUAUGAAAAAUGAAAAAAUUAUACUAAAAAAGCGAAAAAUUUAAGUUACUCUGAGCUUUAUGCCACCGUAGCCCUAAUGUAGAUCUUCCCAUGUGUGAUAGUUACAAUAAGAUUUGUACUCCACACUAUUUGUAAAUCUGUGAAAUUUUGUCCAUACCAAAAAGUGGAAGACACUUUUGUAGGGAGAGUCAAAUAUGCAAUGCCAUUUUUAAACUCUGAUAUUUAUGGAUAGUAAAUGUUGGGGAUUGUGAAUUGCUGCUUAAAAUGUUGACUAUUUUGG